AUGACGGAGUCAGCCACCGAAAAAUCCAAGCUCAACCAGUUUGAACAACAUUACUUUGCUUCAUAUGAUCAUUUUGGGAUCCACGAAGAAAUGUUAAAAGAUACAUCGCGUACUUUAAGCUAUAGAAAUGCCAUGUACAGGAAUAAAGACUUAUUUAAAGACAAAAUUGUGCUUGAUGUUGGGUGCGGAACAGGUAUUCUUUCAAUGUUUGCAGUUAAAGCAGGAGCCAAACAUGUUUAUUCGGUAGAUAUGUCCUCAAUUAUUGGAAAAGCUAGGGAAAUAGUUGCUUUGAAUGGAUUUGAUGACAAGAUUACAUUGUUACAGGGCAAACUCGAGGAUAUUGAAUUACCGGUAGACUCUGUGGAUAUUAUAAUAUCUGAAUGGAUGGGGUAUUUUUUACUCUAUGAGUCAAUGUUGGAUACUGUUUUAUAUGCAAGAGACAAAUAUCUCGUGGAGGGUGGUUUAAUUUUACCAGAUAAAUGCCAAAUGUACAUUGCUGGUAUUGAAGAUGGACAAUAUAAGGAAGAAAAGAUUCAUUAUUGGGAAGAUGUGUAUGGUUUCGAUUACUCGCCGUUUAUCAAAAUCGCUAUGCAAGAACCACUAGUAGAUACUGUGAACAAUCAAACAUUAGUUACAAACAGUUGCAAGUUUUUUGAGAUUGAUAUCAACACAGUAGUAAAAGAAGAUUUGGCUUUUGAGAGAAAGUUUGAAUUGGAGGCAUUGGGUAAUGAGUUGUGUCACGCUUACAUCUUUUAUUGGGAUGCUAUUUUCCCAGGUAAGGAAAAAGUAGUACUAGCAACUGGUCCCAUGAAUCAAUAUACUCACUGGAAACAAACUGUUUUUUACAUGGAUCAAGUAUUGGAUUUAAAGACUGGCGAUAAAAUCCAAGGAAAGAUUAUAGCUAAGCCAAGUGCUAUUAAUCCAAGAGACUACGACAUCAACAUUUCAUGGGAUUUGCAAACAAUAUCUAAAGAUAUCAACAGGGAACAAAAGGGCCAAUACCAAUAUUACCUUCGUUAG